UUCCCAUUCACUCUCAUAAUUGAAUGCGAGAAAGAAACAGAUAAAAGAGGAGGCACUUUGUCUCCUCUUUUAUCUCGCUCUUUCUUGCGUUUAACACAGAGAACGAGCGAGAAAAAAGAAGCUGCGGUCAGGUCUGGGCCAUUCAAGGGAGACAAAAAUAAACAAACAUUUUCCAGAAUAUUUAUCAAAAGUAAAGCUUCUGAAGGAGAAAAUCGAAGUGGAAUAUUCAAUUAGGUGCAAGUGAGGAUACAUCCUAUAGGUACCGAUUAAACAAAACAAUAUUCUAAUUGAAACAUCUAUGGAGAUGAAUCAGCCUUGGGCUGAAAAUCUCCCUAAUAAAGCUUUGUGAUUAAGAGAUUUAGAAACAUACUGGGCACAAAAACGUUGGUGAUACCAUUACCAUUGGUUGUAACGAAUACAAUUCGCAGAUAUUCUCAAUGAUAAUUAAAUAUUCUUUAUCAUAGACUGAUUUACCUCUUCAAGGUUGGCAAGUUGAACGUUAAAAGUUCAGAUGAACUUCGGAAAUCAACCAGCGGCUUCAACAAGCAAGGCAAACUACCAGGAAUGUCCACAAGAAGAGCAGAGCACCGAUUCGGCGGUUUGUCGCGUCUGUAUGGGCUGGUCGUCCGAUUCUGGCCUGAUGGUUGGACUAUUCGAAGGACAGAUACAGGGAACCAUCCUCGCCGAAGUGUUGGCCCUGGUUGGAGCAGUGAAUCUGGCGACGGAACACGACCGAUUGCCCAAGUGGUGUUGUAAAGAGUGCCUGAAGGCACUGGAAAGUGCUUACAAACUGAGAAUGUUGUGCCAGGACUCGGACUGGAAGCUACGGCAUGCAUUCUCGACGGAUGAGGAAACCGUUGUUGUGGUGAAAAAGGAAGUCGAGGAAGAUAAGUCGGAUCGAGAUGAGAUGCUGGAUGUUGAGGAAGCGGUUGUCUCGGAAAGUUUACAAUUGCCCAAGUUAGAGAUUAUGGACUAUGUAGAUGAAGAUCAGAUUGAACAGAUGACAGAUGGAGAAGAUGAUAUGGUAGAAGCUGAUGGUGGCGCAGAAUCGGAUGGCGAUGAGGCAGGGGAAGAUCAGGAUGAGAAGAUGUCGGAAGAAGUAGAUAAACGCUUGGAUUCGGAUGUGUUCGAUAGGGUAAAGGCCGUAGGUUUCAAGUGUUGUGGGUGCAAAGUUGUGUUCAACACUUCAAAGGAGCUGGCAGCUCAUUCAAAAGAAGCCCACGCCGACAAGAAAUUGUCAAGGCAGGAAUUGGAACGUAAGAACAAGAAGCAGUGUGAUAUCUGUUACAGGGUGUUGUGUAAUGACAUAACUGUAUGGAAGCACCAACUAAAAGACACACUGAACUAUCGAUGCAAGGUUUGUGGAGAUCUGUUCUGGAGUUGGAAGAAAGUUAAGACUCAUUAUAAACGAGUUCACGGGCCAAAUCCAGUGGGUCCUUCGAAAGCGUGCUGUGCGUGUCGGGAACAAUUUGAAACUGAAGAACAGCUUAGAGAACAUAGUGAGGCAAUACAUCUGCCGCAGAAGCCAGUACUGGAUCCCGCCCGACCAUUAACCUGCAAUAUUUGUUAUCGUUGCUUCAAAUCCGACGCGCAGCUAUACGCCCAUCAGUCCCGAUUGCUCGAGAGUACCAAAAAACACCAGUGCAUCCAGUGUGGACUAGCAUUCCGAUAUCCUAGAGAUUUGAAAUAUCAUGAAUUGACACACACUGGCGAAAAGGUGUUCCGGUGUCCAAAAUGUCCUAAAGCUUACAGCAAUUACAAUACUUACAAGAAACAUGUGGUAAUCCACGACAUUCCAGCAGACAAAUACAAAUGCGAGAUUUGUGGAUAUAAAUGUAAAACACGCUAUGGGUUGGAACGACACACUAUAAAACAUACCGGAGAGCGUCCGCACAAGUGUCCUCACUGUCCAGCCACUUUCUCUCUACCUCAUGGACUGAACAGCCAUUUGUUAACGCACACCGAUGAAAAAACUCGGGAAUGUCCGAUUUGCAAAAAGAUGUUCAAGCGACCUCAUGAGGUCAGGAAUCACAUCAAAUUUACUCAUCACAAGCUAACACCAUUUGUCUGCUUCUUCUGUCCCAUCGGAUACACGCGGAAAGAUCGUCGCAAUCAACACAUGAUGCAAGUUCAUCCCAAGGAACUACAAAGCAAUCCGCUUCCUCCAAUUGAGCUAGGUACUCGGUAACCCGUGAUAAAGGUCCGAAGAAGCCGUUUUACGACAACAAGGCAUGGUCGAAUAAAGCAGUGAAAGGUUAAUCAUUUAUCGAAA